GUGUGAAGACAAGAACAAAAACAUGAACCCAACUGAAUUACCAAUCAGUUUAGCAUACUGAAGGAGCAGGCAUUUGUAUUAUUAUGUCAAUAAGAUGCGAAUAUCAUAAACUCAUUCGACUUGUUUAUUCUAGCUUAAGAAUGAAAACUCUAACUAUAUUGCAAUUUUUUUACCUCGUUAUUGUGCUGCUGUAUUUUCUCUGCCUGUCUUCAGAUGCAUGUUCUGAAACCCACAAACAAAAUAAUGUCACAGACCCAAUGGAGAAGAGGUACAGGCAAUGGAUGAAACGUCAUGGACGAAGAUAUGGUAGCAGAGAAGAAUGGAAUUUUCGCUUCGGGAUUUACCAAUCCAAUCUUCAAUUGAUUGAAUAUAUAAAUUCUCAGAAUCUCUCAUACAAACUGAGAGACAAUGAAUUUGCAGAUAUGACAAACCUAGAAUUCAGAUCUGCCUACUUGGGUUAUAAGAGCCCAAGAUUUUUGCACAAGGGAGGAUAUAAUUUUACAUUUGAUAAUUCUCUAGCACCACCAAGCAUGGACUGGAGAAAGAGAGGUGCAGUGACUCCUGUGAAAAAUCAGGGCAAUUGUGGCAGUUGUUGGGCGUUUUCCACAAUAGCAGCAGUCGAAGGCAUCAACAAGAUCAAGACUGGCAAAUUGGUGUCUUUGUCGGAACAAGAACUCAUUGACUGUGAUUACAACAAAUAUAACCAAGGUUGUCAAGGUGGAUCUAUGGAAAAAGCAUUUGCUUUCAUCGAGAAAAUUGGUGGCAUAACAACAGAAAAAGAUUAUCCAUAUGAAGGGAAAAAUGACAGAUGUAACACCAUCGAAGAAAAAAAAAGGGCAGCAAAAAUAAGUAGCUAUAAAGCUAUACCUGCCGGUAGCGAGGAAGCUCUACUUGCUGCAGUGGCAAAACAACCAGUCUCUGUUGCCAUUGAUGCUAGUGGGUAUGACUUUCAACUGUACUCUAGCGGGAUCUUCUCUGGGUAUUGUGGGAAAAAUCUCAAUCAUGGCGUAGCGGCUGUUGGCUAUGGCGAAGCAAAUGGUGAGAAGUACUGGCUUGUGAAGAAUUCAUGGGGCGCUCAUUGGGGUGAAGCAGGUUAUAUCAAAAUGAAGCGUGAUUCUGCUGAUAAAGAUGGGAUAUGCGGCAUUGCAAUGGAAGCCAGCUACCCAGUUAAAAAGUCUCGAGGAAUUUUAUGUUGACGUUAGUUUCCUCAUGGAACGGUGUAAAAACUUGAUACUAUGUCAAGUUAAAUAUACAAAUAAAUUUCACGGAUAAAUCAUGAGAUAAAAUCGAAAA